UACGAGAGUAAUUUGCAUAUUAAAUAGUAGAAAUUUUAAGAAAGCUUUCAUUAAUAGAACAGCUCCUGCAAACUGAAGGAUAAAUGACUCUAUCAGAUGCCAAGUGAUGAACGGCGCAGUCUCUAUUAAUCCUUUCUACCUAUAUAUAAAAGGAGAACUUUUAAAAGCAGAGACAAUCGCAUAAACUUAGGAAAGUAAAAAUGUAUUUUAAACUAUUAUUCUUCGUUUUUCUCCUCGUAAUCUUUAAAGUAUUAGAAGUUCAGACUAGAAGCUAUUACAAACAUAAUUGGUGGAAGAGACGUGUAAUUGUACCAAUUUCAAAUAACGGCGAUGAAUUAGUAGAUUAUGAUAAGCGAUAUGGAUGGAAUUUAAAUCAAGUUACAAGUCCUAAAAAAUUCGACUUUACUAAAUUCGACUUAGAGAGUAUUAUACAAGAUGGAACAAGCUUGUCUGGAGCCGAAAAAAUAUCUAGAAAUAAUAGAGAAAUGGGAAAUGAUCGACUAACAAGUGAAGUAAUGACAAUCUGUAAGAAAUGUGAUGUGUGUCAAAUUUCCAGUCAAGAACAUAAAAAUCAAUUAAUUUGCCCAUCAAGAGAUGAAGAGGACCGUUUGGUCUGUAUAGACAUCAUCAAGCUUUGUGAUGGUAACAGCGACUGCCCUUUGGGAGAAGAUGAACUACCUGCAGAAUGUCUUUUCUAUCAAGCAGUAAGUUUAUAUUUAUUAUCUUUAGCACUAAAACUCUAGCUAAUUUUCAGUUCACGCAAAAUGUUUACUUAUUACUUUUCUCCUCUACAAGUGACAAAAUAAAUAAACUUUUUAAUACUUCCAACUCAGAAAUUAUCAUUUAUAUUAUAUAUUCUACCAAUAUUAGAUUAUUUAAACUAUAUAAUUAGUAAUUUAACACCAUUUUAGAAGUUCGGUUCUGCUGUUGGGUAAAUCAUUUUGAUAUUCUCUAAAAUCGAAUGAGAGAGUAAAGUACACAAAACAGAAAAAAGUAAUAAAGAUUGUCUGGAAGCGAAGAAUUUUAAAAUGUUUACAAACUCGACAAUUUUGCGAUUCAUCAUUCGUAGGUGCUAUUUUGACAGCUCCUUCCGCUACGUAACAUCUAUGAAUUGCAAAAUUCAUCCUAAACAGACAAUUCAACUUAACUGUUCAUUUUGAAAUUUUAAGAAUUUAUACCGGUAUAUUCAGCUACGUAACAUCUAUGAAUUUUUCAAUUCACAGAUGUUACGCAAGAAGCAUAUAUACAGUAUAUAUAUGCAUGCUUUUAAAUUCAAAAAAUUAAAAUUUCUGACUUUCUAAGUACAGUACAAGACCGAUAAAUUCGAUUUCCUACAAGUACAGUACUUAACAAUUAUAAUUCAUAGCUAAUUGUUAAGUAAUGUACUGUGUACUAUAUAUUUAAUAAAAUUAAUUUAUUUAUAUUAGUUAGAAUUAGGUAAUGUCUUAAGAAAAAAGAUUUCCUCCCCCACAC